AUGGAGGACAGAUGGCUGCACUUCCCGAGACAGAGGCAAGUCCUGUUAAUCUUUUUAUUUUGGGGCGUAUCCCUGGCAGAUUUUGGGUUUGGACGUUAUUCCGUGACAGAGGAAACAGAGAGAGGAUCGUUUGUGGUCAAUUUGGAAAAGGAUCUGGGACUAGAGAAGGGGGAGCUGGCUGCAAGGCAUGCUCGGGUGGUGUCUGAUGAUAAUAAACAACACUUGCUCCUGAAUUCUCAAACCGGGGAUUUGUUCACAAAUGAGAAGCUGGAUCGGGAGAAAAUGUGCGGUUCCACAGAGCCCUGUAUACUGUAUUUCCAAAUUUUAAUGGAUAAUCCCUUUCAAAUUUACCAGGCUGAGCUAAGGAUUAGGGAUAUAAAUGACCAUUCACCAGUAUUUCAGGACAAAGAGAUGGUCUUAAAAAUACUAGAAAAUGCAGCUGAAGGAACAGUAUUUCAACUAGAAAGAGCACAGGAUUCAGAUGGAGGACUUAAUGGUAUUCAAAAGUACACAAUCAACCCCAACUCUUUUUUCCAUAUUAAAAUGACUGACAAUGAAGACGGCAUCAUAUACCCACAGUUAGUGUUGGACAAAGCAUUGGACUGGGAAGAGCAGCACGAGAUCAGUUUAACACUCACAGCACUAGAUGGCGGAUCUCCACCUAGGUCUGGGACCACUACUGUACACAUUGUGGUCGUGGACAUUAAUGACAAUGCCCCACAAUUUGGGAAGGCCAUUUAUGAGACCCAGGUUAGAGAGAAUAGCCCUGUAGGAUCCUUAAUUGUUCAGGUCUCAGCCAGUGAUGUAGACUCUGGAAUCUAUGCACAAGUAUCCUAUUCAUUCUUUGAUGCUUCUGAAGAUAUUAGAAAGACCUUUCAAAUCAAUCCUUUUUCUGGGGAAAUCAUUCUCAGAAUGUUGCUUGAUUAUGAGCUAAUAAAGUCUUACAAAAUAAAUAUACAGGCAAUCGAUGGUGGGGGCCUAUCUGCAAGAUGCACCGUUUUGGUGGAAGUGUUGGACACAAAUGACAAUCCCCCAGAAUUGAUCAUGUCAUCAUUUUCCAACUACAUUGAUGAGAAUUCUCCUGAAACAGUACUGGCUGUUUUUAGGAUUAAAGACAGAGACUCAGGAGAAAAUGGAAAGAUGGUUUGCUUCAUUGAAGAUGAUCUACCGUUCCUACUGAAACCUUCCAUAGAGAAUUUUUACAUUCUAACGACACAGGGAGCACUUGACAGAGAAAGCAGAUCUGAGUACAACAUCACUAUCACUGUUACCGAUUUAGGGACUCCAAAACUGAAAACACAGCACAGCAUAACUGUGUUAAUCUCCGAUAUCAAUGACAACGCCCCAACUUUCAAUCAGACCUCCUAUACCCUGUUCAUCCUCGAGAACAACAACCCCACCCUGCACUUGGGCACUGUUAGCGCCACAGACAGAGACUCAGGCACCAACGCUCAAAUCACCUACUCGCUGCUGCCUCCCCAAGACCCACACCUCCCCCUUGCCUCCUUGGUCUCCAUCAACGCAGACAAUGGCCAGUUGUUCGCUCUUAGGUCUCUGGAUUAUGAAGUCCUGAGAUCAUUCGAGUUCCGCGUGGGCGCAACAGACGCAGGAUCCCCAAGGCUGAGCAGCGAGGCCCUUGUUCGCGUAGUGGUGGUGGACGACAACGACAACUCGCCCUUCGUGUUGUACCCGCUGCAGAAUGGCUCUGGACCCUGCACCGAGUUGGUGCCCAGGGCGGCCGAGGCAGGCUAUCUGGUGACUAAGGUGGUGGCAGUGGACGGUGACUCGGGCCAGAACGCCUGGUUGUCAUACCAGCUGCUCAAGGCCACAGAGCCCGGGCUGUUCAGCGUGUGGGCGCACAACGGCGAGGUGCGCACCGCCAGGCUGCUGAGCGAGCGCGAUGCAGCCAAGCACAGACUGGUCGUGCUGGUUAAGGACAAUGGCGAGCCUCCAAUGUCGGCCACCGUCACGCUGUUGGUGCUCUUGGUAGACGGUUUCUCGCAGCCUUAUCUGCCGCUCCCAGAGGUCGCCCCCGAGGAGACCCAGACCGACUCACUUACGAUCUACUUGGUCAUUGCGUUGGCAUCGGUGUCGUCGCUUUUCUUGUUCUCUGUGCUCUUGUUUGUCGCUAUGAGACUGUGCAGGAGAAAUAGGGCUACUUGGGUGGGCACAGUGCCUGAGGGUCACUUUCCAAGUCACUUAGUGGACGUCAACGGCACCGGUACCCUGACCCAGAGCUACCAGUAUGAAGUGUGUCUGACCGGAGCCUCAGAAUCGAGUGAGUUCAAGUUCUUGAAUCCAGUCAUACCCAAUAUUCAAGCACAAGGCAGUAGAAAGAAUAAUGAAGAAAAGCCCAACUUUCAAAAUAGCUUUGGAUUUAGUAUUCAGUAA